AUGGACUUGAGGUUGAUGAUGGAAGCAAGCAACGCCGAGGACCUGGAGCAGGUUGCCCCUCAACUCCCAAAUGCUGAGGACUACACAUACCAACGCGUUGCUCGACACAAAUGCCAUUUGUGCGGUGCUGCUACGUUACCGGAGCCCAAGAACCAGCGCCUCAUCAACGACCGCCUAAAGAUCCUGAUGCGCAACCCAAGCGUGGAAGGGAGCUUGCUCAUCUCCCACAACGGCAUCAAGUUCCAAGACGCCGCUGGCAGGAAGAAGCCCUUGAUCAUUGGCCUGCACCGUGUGGUGUAUUCAGUGGCACACGCAUCAAAGCCAUAUGUGUCUGUUGUCAUCAGCGAACCACGCACUUUCAAGUGCAUCGGCCUGCGCACGGCAACACUCGCGGAAGCACAGCAGCUGAACAACGACCUUGGUGCUGCAUUCGAAGCCGCAUAUCGAAACAAACAGCUUCGUGUGCGCGCGGGCCAUGGCACCAGGGACGGCGGAUCGUAUCGGUUUGAGCGGAAACCGAGCAACAGCACGCCCUUCGCCGCCGCCACCACCACGGCCCCGCUGUCGGCAGAGCAGGCGAUGGAGGCCAUUGAGGCGGGAUUCACAGACCGCGGGUGGGUGGCGCCUGCAAGGGGAGCUGACAAGGCGAGAGGUGCAACUGCAGGCACAAGCUCGCGCAAUACCAACAGCAGUAGCAGUAGUGGCAGCAGCAGCAGCAGCAGAAACAGGCGUAGUGGCAGCGCCGACAGGGCAUGUGAUAUUGGCGCUGGCAGCAUGCAGCCCACCACCACCAGCACCAGCACCAGCAUCAACAAGCAGGAGCUUGAGCGACAGCUGGGCAUCUCUCAUGCACCAGCAACAUCACCACCACUGCUGUCAUCGUCACUCCCCUCCUCGCAAGCGCAGCAGCAGCAGCAGCAGCAGCAUCGAAGUGGGGGCCGGUGGUCCGUUGCGAGCACGCGAGAAUCGCCAACACAGCCCCGGACAACACCGCCACCACCGCUCAAUGGGCAGCGGAGGCGCGCACAGUCCGCUGCACAGUCAGUCAUGACGCAACAAACCGGGCAGCAGACACGUGCGCGCAUGUACACUGGGCGGGACACAGGGCCCGGUGUCCAGGGCGUGAACAGCGCGGUUGCACCAGCGAAGAAGUCCGAGACACCGCAGCCGCCGCCUCGAACGAGUAAGCCGCGACCAGUCCCGGAGCGAACGACGGUGAAGGCGCAAUCAUCGCCAUCACCGUCAGCCAGGACAGAUGACGUGGAUGUGGACUCUGCGGAUGUGAUUGUGCGCUCGCGUGCAUCAUCACAACGGCGACAACAGCUCUCAUCUACUGGUCCCGUUGUGCUUCCUCACUCCACUCCGCGCGCCCUCAUGCAUGCAACCCCAGAUAUGGCAUGCGCCACAUUCAAAGUCAAGGUGAUGCGCUGCCACGCCAUUUCGCGCUCUCCAUCGCUCGUUGUUGCCGACUACCUCGUCGCAGAUGCAAACGCUUCAGCCUCCCUCCGCUGCAUCGGAGGCACACUUGAUGUUGGCAAGACGUACGUCGUCAGCAACUGCAGUGGUGCAUAUGUGCACCGCCUCUUCUAUGUGCAGUGCAAUGUCGAGGACGCCAAGGAGUGCGAACAGGGACCACCACCGUCGUCGUCAUCAUCGUCAUCGUUGUCGCCGCAUGUGGGGACCACCACGCCAACGCCUGUGCUUGAGCGAGGGCUGUUGAACAUGACCUCGGAGCUGAGCCAAGGCACUCCACUCGUGUGCUAGCUUGCUGAGGCAACAUGCGAUGUGCUCACAUGAGUAUGUAUGGAAUACAUGCGCGUGUGCUGUUGCUGUUGUUGUUGCGUCGCUUGAUUGUAUGAUGAUGGCAUUUGACUGCAUGAUGAAAUGAUGGCAUGUCUGUGCGAGCGUGUGUGAGCCGAGGUGCCUUCUGUGGAUGUACACAUGCACGUGCAGCUCUCGAGUGCCUCUGUAAUGAACAUCAACAUACAACUGCACCACAACCA